UCCGGUGACGUCAGCGUGUCAGGACUCCAUUAAGGCUGCAGCUGUUUUGGGAGAAACAACAACAAAACGGGACGACUGGCUGGGCUACCACAGUGUCAGUUCGUUCUGAGCCAGGCUACCGUGUCUCAAUUCUGGGAGCCAAAACCUCCUUUCCCACCCGGAGCUCCGCCGGCUUCUAACCACGGCCGCUCUCGGUGAGGAAACUCUGGCCUCCGCUUCCUCCUCCUCCGACUCGGACACCGGCGGAGCGUCGCCGCCCCCGCGGAAGAAACACCGAGCCUCGGCGGCGGAGGGAGCAGGAGAGCCCGGGGCUUCGACGGUUGUAACGGGCCUCGCCGGAGUUGUUCUAGGACUUGCUACUUCUUCCCCACAUUCUCAAGCAGCCUCUGCCAUUCACUUUAACCGAAGUUUUGUCAACAACCUCAGCGGCAACAUGCAGGCAAACGGGGCAGGUCAGGGACAGGAAUCGUCGGAGCUUUCUUGCCUCAACAGCGCACAAAACGGGGAGUCGUCCUCGGCUGGCGGAACGCACUCCAACGGGCUACUCUCCAGCACAAACAACGGGAAUAGUGUCGGUACCAGUAACGGGGCCUCUACGGGACCUGGUUCCGGGACCUCGGCCGGCUCUUCGGCGUCGGGCUCUGAGGUGGGCUCCUUGAAAAAGAAGAAACGUCUUUCGCAGGCAGAGGAAGAUGUCAUUCGAUUAAUAGGACAACAUCUCCACGGACUGGGGCUAAAUCAAACAGUGGACUUGCUGAUGCAGGAGUCAGGCUGCAGACUGGAACACCCCUCAGCCACCAAGUUCCGCAACCACGUCAUGGAGGGGGAGUGGGACAAGGCUGAGAAUGAUCUCAACGAGCUGAGAGCACUGAUGCAUUCUCCCAAUGCUAUUGUGCGCAUGAAGUUCCUCCUGUUGCAGCAGAAGUACCUGGAAUAUCUGGAGGAUGGCAAGGUUCUGGAGGCGCUGCAGGUUCUUCGAGGAGAGCUGACGCCACUUAAGUACAACACAGACCGGAUCCAUGUGCUCAGCGGGUACCUCAUGUGUAGCCAUGCUGAGGAUCUGAGAGUCAAAGCAGAGUGGGAGGGCAAGGGGACAGCCUCACGCUGCCGACUGCUGGACAAACUUCAGAUGUACCUGCCUCCUUCUGUAAUGCUGCCUCCUCGGCGGCUGCAGACCCUGUUGCGCCAGGCAGUGGAGCUGCAGAGGGACCGCUGUCUCUACCACAACACCAAGCUAGACAGCAGCCUGGAUUCUGUCUCCUUACUCCUUGACCACGUCUGCAGUCGGAAACAGUUUCCUUGUUACACCCAGCAAAUCCUGACAGAGCAUUGUAAUGAGGUCUGGUUCUGCAAGUUCUCCAAUGAUGGCACCAAAUUGGCCACAGGCUCCAAAGACACAACUGUCAUUAUUUGGCAAGUGGACCCUGAGAGCCACCAGCUGAAGCUGCUGCGAACCCUGGAGGGUCAUGCCUAUGGAGUGUCCUACUUAGCCUGGAGCCCUGACAACACCUACCUAAUCGCCUGUGGUCCUGAUGACUGCUCUGAACUCUGGCUCUGGAAUGUCCAGACGGGGGAACUGCGGACCAAGAUGUCCCAAUCCCAUGAGGACAGCUUGACCAGUGUGGCCUGGAACCCUGACGGCAAACGUUUUGUCACCGGAGGACAGAGGGGGCAGUUCUACCAGUGUGACCUGGAUGGUAACCUGUUAGAUUCCUGGGAAGGUGUGAGAGUGCAAUGCCUGUGGUGCCCGAGUGACGGCAGGACGGUGUUGGCCUCCGACACCCAUCAACGUAUCAGAGGUUACAACUUCGAGGAUCUUACAGACAGAAACAUAGUUCAGGAAGACCACCCUAUCAUGUCUUUCACUGUUUCAAAGAACGGAAGAUUAGCUUUGUUAAAUGUAGCAACUCAGGGGGUGCACCUGUGGGACCUGCAAGACCGGGUGUUGGUGAGGAAGUAUCAAGGAGUUACCCAGGGCUUCUACACCAUUCACUCCUGCUUUGGAGGGCACAAUGAAGACUUCAUUGCCAGUGGCAGUGAAGACCACAAGGUAUACAUCUGGCACCGGCGUAGUGAGCUGCCCAUUGCUGAGCUAACAGGACACACACGCACCGUCAACUGUGUGAGCUGGAACCCAGCCAUCCCAGGUCUCAUGGCCUCUGCUUCAGAUGACGGCACAGUGCGUGUUUGGGGACCUGCGCCUUUCCUCGACGCACAAGAGGCCGAAGGACUCAAUGAGAACUGCAGUAACAUGGAUAGUUGAUGGUGACUGAUGGAGCAGAAGACGUCUUCUCUCUUUAACAACAAAUCCACGACGAAAACGAAAUCCAAACCAGGUGAAUGAAAUCCAACCCGAAGAAAAACGACGACAAGUAAACAAAAAGCCACCAAGACAAAUUUGAGAACAAAAGUCUCAUAACUGAUCCAGACAAAACUGUGUAGGUGACGAUGGGUACUCUUAAAAGAAAAAAAAAAUCCAGGUCCUCAUCAGAAAUUCAAUCUUGACCAAUACUCCCUGCCCCAAAGGACAUGGCCAUCAAGUUCCCAAUGUUUCCCAGGAAACCCACCUCCACCGUGGGCUUGGAGCCCGACAUUAAGCCCCUGCCAUCCAUCCCGCCAGACAGACACCACAGACAUGCCGUCUAUUCUUUGGACCAAGUCCGUCUGUCUGUAUCUGUCUCACAUACCUGUAUAUGUGUACAUGGAGAUGGGUGGGGUGGGGGGUGUUAGGGGAGGAUGGUGCAUAUGGGGAUAUGGCAACUCUUCUGUGUGUCUGUUUUUCUUUCUCUUUUUCUUGCUAUAUUCUUCACACUAGUUGUCGGACAAAGGCUCGAAAUCCACCAUAAGAUGCUAGCCAGCCGAAUGACGACACAAAACAGGCUACGCUAAAUGUUGGAUUUUUUUUAUAGUAGACAUAUCGUUAUUCUCACUGAAGAGGUUAAUCUUAGCUCGAUUAGUACCCGCAGAAAGCUUUGGUGUGAAGAAUACAGUUUUUCUCUCUGAUUCUCCAAAUUAGGAAAAAGCUUUUUUUACGUGAAUUGAAACUAACCCUAACAGCCGCUGUAAUGACACAAACUGACAGUCACCCAUACCCUCUGUUGAGCUAGCUACCGCACAUCUCCACUACAUCUACCUGAGAGGUGAAGGACAGAGUGAUUCAUAAGUCAAAGGUGAAGAACCAACCAUUGCUGGUGCAGUAGGAUUUCCAUUGUAGGCAUAUCUUCUUGGAUUUCUCUUGAAGGGCAUGCUCUAAGAUGUAAAAGAACAUGAGAUGCACCUUAAAUUGCACACUGAUGUAUACACCUGUCCUUCCUCUGUGCGUGUGUGUUAGUGUGUGUUUGUGUAUUGUGCAUGCACACAUUUUGUGUGGAUGUUGGUGUGUAUGAAUGCAGGUGCAUGUAUGCCUGCGUAUGGAAGUUGAUAUUGGUGGGUGUGGGAAUGGAUUUAUUUGCGUGCGUGCUUGUAUGUGUGUUCAAUUCACACCAGCAGAAGAUUCUUGCUUCCCCCAUGCCCCAGUCCCCCCCACCUCCCACCCCCAGUGAAAUUGUAAAGAGGAUUUUAAAACCAUUCUAAGUUAUCCAAAAUCCCAAAGCGACCUCUAUCUGUGGAACAAAAAGUACUUGAGAGCCAUUUUGUAAAACCCUUUUUUUUAAUCUGGGGAUGUUAUUUUACAAUUGAAUUCACUUUUUAUAUAUCUCCUAACCAUAUGGCAUUGAAAUGGCACUGAGUCAUUGGCAUCUUUUUUUGGGGGGGGGGGGUUAAGGAAAUUUGAAAAAGCAGAUUAAAUGAGGUGCGCUAAAGGAAAAAGGCUGUAAACUAAGCUGUUAUGAGCAAAAGGUCAUUUCAUAUGAGGAGUUUAUGUUAGUAAGAAUGGAAAAAGGAUUCAACAUGUUGCGUAGAGGGAAGAGGCAUCAGUAACCAGAACCACAUUCUACGUCCACAGUGUUAGGGAAUAGAUUUGCUGUCCUGAAUCACACACAAAAUGCCUUCCUCUUCACACGUGCACACACACACCUUCAGUAUGUAUUACAAUCCCACUGCACUUAGUGUUUUUUUUUUCGUUUUGGUUUUUUUUUUUUUUUUUGCUCUCUUGCACCCAUUACAAAA